AUGGAAAAGGUAAGCAAAGAACAAAACACAAAUCAUAGCCUCAUGGUGCAUCGGAGGGUCAUUGGUGGCAGACGUCUGCACAGUAAUGAUAACAAUGACGACGACGACGACGACAGCGAGUUCACAAACUCGAUGGAUUCCGGAAUGUCUAUCCCAUCGUUUAGGGACUCUGUGACCACUAGGUCAUCUCACAACGAUCCCUUGAAGCCCGUCAUGGUUAACGACCCCAACAGGGUCAAGAGUUUGGAGAAGGAGCUGACCAGUGCCAAAAUUAAGAUCCAAGUUCUCUAUGAAUACAUUCGCAAAGUAUCUAACAAGGAUUCCAAUUCACCAUCGAUGACCACCGACACCGAGUUUAAAAAUUCCUUGAUCGAGGACCUGAAUGCGCAAAUAAAUGAGUUAAAGCAAGCUCUAGAGGCAAGGGAGGUCGAGUACCAAGAUACGCUGCAAUUCGUGCAAGAAAAUUUGGAAAAUUCUGAGAGCAUUGUCAGUACCAUCAAUCACAUACUGUCCUUCAUAUUGACUCAUUUUGAUGACCAAGGCGGAAAUGCACAUGUUUUGGAUAAUGGAGAGAGGGAGAAUUUGGACGAAACAUUGAAAUUGAGCUCAGAUUAUGUACUUGAGAAGAUGGAUACUUUAUCCAAAUUCAUUAUCAAGUUCUUGCAGAGCUUUUUGCAUCCGAAAGCUCAAGCGCAACCAGAAGAGGUCGAAGAGAGAAUUCGCUCCUUAGCUCAAUCUUCACCUGCAAGAAUACGGUUCCAAAGCCAGGACUCAUCAACAAGUAAGCGACAUGAUGUUGAUGAUCGACGCCAGGAUGAGAGUAAUGCUGAAAUUAACAACAUUGAAACAGAAAAUGUGAUGGCCAACAGUACUUCUUUACCCAUUUUGAAUAGCGAGUCCCGUUUCGAGAAGACUCUCGAUACUCAAUUGGAAAUUGUCAUUGAAAAUUUGCACAAGGAAUAUGACCAGUUUAUAAAUUCCAUAAGAUUAAAGUUUGAAAAAUCACAAAAGCUAGAAAAGCUAAUAGCAUCUAAGCUGAAAGAACAAUCUCAUCUGCUUAAUUCCUUAGAUUUGAAAGAAAAUUCUAAUACCACCAUAGAAAAGCAAGAUCUUUUGAUAUCUCAGUUGAAAAAAAAGAUUGAAUCACAGCUUGUAAUGAAAGAUGAAUUUGAAAAUUUGAGGAAAAAUUUCAGUAAAAUGGAACAGAAUGAAAAAGUACUAACCAAAGAACUGGAAACUUUGACAAAAAUCAAUAAAUCAAAGGAAGAUAAUUGGGAUGGCUACAUAAAUGACUUAGAAAAGCAACUCAACGAUCUUCAAAUCGGUAAAUCUGAGGAGUUCCAAAUAGUACAAAGCCAAUUAGAUAAACUGGAUUUAGAAAAUUAUCAAUUGAAGAAUCAAUUGAAUAAUUUGGACGGCAAAAAUUUGAUACUAUCGCAGUAUGAAACUAAUUUCAUCAAAUUUAAUCAGAAUCUCUUACUGCACCUCAACAGCGUUUUCCGCAUCCUACAGAAAAUCUUACAAGAAAGCUCUAUAGUCCAAUUUGACAGGAAAAUAAAAUCAAUUAAAUCAGCACCAAAUGCGUUGAAAAAUUUGAAUGUGAUUCAGCCAAAACUUGAAUCACUGUACACUUUUAUAGAGACUGCCCUAGAGUCCAUAAUAGAUUCGUAUAUGUCUUCAUUAAUUGCCAUGGAAUCUCCGGAACAGCAGCAACAACAAAGGAAUGAAGUAACUGCAACCUCGAACAAAGAAUUGAGUUUACGAAUAGAGGAAUUACAAAGAAGAUGGAUUUCCGAAAGAGAAAGACGGAAACUAGAUGCAAACGCUUCAGAGGCCCGAAUCAGAGCUUUAGAACAAGAAAAUGAGGCGCUAAGGUUAAAACUUUUCAAUUUAUCAGUCAAUAAUUCUUAA